CCGGGUGCUUUUUGAUUCACCGUCCUUUGCUUCCCCGCCCCCCAGGAAAUCUUCUCUGGGAUUUUAUAUUGCAGAGGAUUUUUUUUAAAAUUUGCUCUGAACAGUUCGCGCCCGCCUCCCACCUUGGCUGUCAGAGAAGAUCUUGAGUAAACCUGAAGAAGUUCACAAUGCCUGAGAUGGAUUGUUAAUACUGCUUUGCAGGGGGGAAAAAAAGGGAAAAUAGCCACCCCAGAGAAUUCAAAAUUGUUGAAACAGGAUUUGCUGGUGGGGAACGCUGUGGGAAUAAUCAUGCUUCACAGAAGAACAGCACCGAUCUCCAGUUGCUCUAAACACAACCUCAUCCGCUAGGGCUCCAGGAAGAAACAAUAAUUAUAAGAAUCGUACUCGUGAAAAAGCAAAAAAGAAUGAUUGCUUUGGAUUUUGCGCUUUACCAUCUUCCCCGCACUCUCUGAAGUGAAUCUCGUCUCUUUGAAUUUGCACCGCUUCAGGACCCAAGAUUGACACACACGAUAUUUUUAUAGCCAAAUCGGAUUUUUUAAAAUCAUUUCCCCCGUUUGCUCCCCCGACCCCUAUUCUUCUUAUGUGGAUAUGCAAGCAAGAAGAGAAGUCUGGAUAGUCCCAACAUGCUCGCUCCUCUAAUCUGUCCGUCUAGAGGUUCUGCUUCUACAAACCAAGGGAGUGUAAGAGCUGAAGAUGAGGCCCAGGGCGGAGUGUUAUUCUCCAAAGUUUUGGCUGGUGCUGGCAGUCCUAGCAACGACGGGUGGUGGGGCCCGUGCCCAGAAAAGCCACCCCAGUAUCGGCGUUGCUGUCAUCCUGGUGGGGACCUCAGACGAAGUGGCCAUCAAGGACGCCCACGAGAAAGAUGACUUCCACCACCUCUCAGUGGUGCCCCGAGUGGAAUUGGUGGCCAUGAAUGAGACAGAUCCCAAGAGCAUCAUCACCCGCAUCUGCGACCUCAUGUCAGACCGGAAGGUUCAAGGUGUGGUGUUUGCUGAUGACACAGACCAGGAAGCCAUUGCUCAGAUCCUGGACUUCAUUUCUGCCCAGACUCUCACGCCCAUCCUUGGCAUCCACGGAGGCUCCUCCAUGAUCAUGGCAGACAAGGAUGAGUCAUCCAUGUUCUUCCAGUUUGGCCCAUCAAUAGAACAGCAAGCCUCUGUCAUGCUCAACAUCAUGGAAGAAUAUGACUGGUACAUAUUCUCCAUUGUCACUACCUACUUCCCUGGCUACCAGGACUUUGUCAACAAGAUCCGCAGCACCAUCGAGAACAGCUUCGUAGGCUGGGAGCUGGAGGAGGUCCUCUUGCUGGACAUGUCCCUGGAUGAUGGAGACUCAAAGAUCCAGAACCAGCUCAAGAAGCUCCAGAGCCCUGUCAUACUCCUCUACUGCACCAAGGAAGAGGCCACCUACAUCUUUGAGGUGGCCAACUCUGUGGGUCUGACAGGCUAUGCUUACACAUGGAUCGUGCCCAGCCUGGUGGCAGGGGAUACAGACACAGUGCCAUCUGAGUUCCCCACUGGCCUCAUCUCUGUGUCUUAUGAUGAAUGGGACUAUGGCCUUCCUGCCAGGGUGAGGGAUGGGAUAGCCAUAAUCACCACAGCUGCUUCUGACAUGUUGUCUGAGCACAGCUUCAUCCCGGAGCCCAAGAGCAGCUGUUACAACACCCAGGAGAAACGGAUCUACCAGUCCAACAUGCUGAACAGGUACCUGAUUAAUGUCACCUUUGAAGGGAGGAAUUUGUCCUUCAGUGAGGACGGCUACCAGAUGCAUCCCAAGUUGGUGAUCAUCCUUCUGACCAAGGAGAGGAAAUGGGAGAGGGUGGGGAAAUGGAAGGACAAGAGCCUCCAGAUGAAGUAUUAUGUGUGGCCCCGCUUUGAGCUGUACCCUGAUUCUGAGGAGCGUGAGGAUGACCAUCUGAGUAUUGUGACCCUAGAGGAGGCGCCGUUCGUUAUUGUGGAGAGUGUGGACCCACUAAGUGGCACCUGCAUGAGGAAUACGGUCCCCUGCCAAAAGCGCAUCGUGACCGAGAACAAGACGGACGAGGAGCCUGAUUAUGUCAAGAAAUGCUGCAAGGGGUUCUGCAUUGACAUCCUCAAGAAAAUCUCCAAGUCUGUCAAAUUCACCUAUGACCUCUAUCUGGUGACCAAUGGCAAGCAUGGGAAGAAAAUCAAUGGGACAUGGAAUGGAAUGAUUGGGGAGGUGGUCACCAAGCGGGCCUACAUGGCGGUGGGAUCCCUCACCAUAAAUGAGGAGCGUUCAGAGGUGGUGGACUUCUCUGUGCCCUUCAUCGAGACAGGAAUUAGUGUCAUGGUAUCACGUAGCAACGGGACUGUCUCACCUUCUGCCUUCCUAGAACCAUUCAGUGCUGACGUAUGGGUGAUGAUGUUUGUAAUGCUGCUCAUAAUCUCUGCAGUGGCUGUCUUCGUCUUUGAGUACUUCAGCCCUGUGGGUUACAAUCGGUGCCUUGCUGAUGGCAGAGAGCCAGGUGGACCCUCUUUCACCAUUGGCAAAGCUAUCUGGUUGCUGUGGGGUCUGGUGUUUAACAACUCGGUGCCAGUGCAGAAUCCCAAAGGUACCACUAGCAAGAUCAUGGUGUCUGUGUGGGCCUUCUUUGCUGUCAUCUUCCUGGCCAGUUAUACUGCCAACCUGGCUGCCUUCAUGAUCCAAGAGGAGUACGUGGACCAAGUGUCUGGACUGAGCGACAAAAAGUUCCAGAAACCUAAUGACUUCUCGCCCCCUUUCCGCUUUGGGACGGUUCCCAAUGGCAGCACAGAGAGGAACAUUCGCAACAACUACCCUGAAAUGCAUAGCUACAUGGUGAAGUUCAACCAGAGGGGGGUGGACGAUGCCCUAUUCUCGCUGAAGACUGGGAAAUUGGAUGCAUUCAUUUAUGACGCAGCAGUGCUAAACUACAUGGCUGGCAGAGACGAAGGGUGCAAGCUGGUAACGAUUGGUAGUGGGAAGGUUUUUGCCUCUACUGGCUAUGGCAUUGCCAUCCAAAAGGACUCGGGCUGGAAGCGUCAGGUAGAUCUUGCCAUUCUACAGCUUUUUGGUGAUGGGGAGAUGGAGGAGCUGGAAGCUCUGUGGCUUACUGGAAUUUGUCACAAUGAAAAGAAUGAGGUAAUGAGCAGCCAGCUGGACAUAGAUAACAUGGCAGGUGUCUUCUAUAUGCUGGGGGCAGCCAUGGCCCUCAGCCUUAUCACCUUCAUCUGUGAGCAUCUCUUCUACUGGCAAUUCCGCCACUGCUUCAUAGGCAUCUGCUCUGGCAAGCCUGGCAUGGUCUUCUCCAUCAGCAGGGGUAUCUACAGCUGCAUCCAUGGGGUAGCCAUUGAGGAGCACCAGUCAGCGAUGAACUCCCCCACAGCCACCAUGAACAACACCCAUUCCAACAUCUUGCGCCUGCUCCGCACAGCAAAGAACAUGGCCAAUCUGUCAGGUGUCAAUGGCUCACCGCAGAGUGCCCUGGAUUUCAUCCGCCGUGAAUCCUCAGUCUACGAUAUCUCUGAGCACCGCCGCAGCUUCACCCACUCUGACUGCAAAUCUUAUAACAACCCGCCCUGCGAGGAGAACCUCUUCAGCGACUACAUUAGCGAAGUAGAACGGACCUUUGGCAACCUGCAACUGAAGGACAGCAAUGUGUAUCAGGACCACUACCACCACCACCAUCGGCCCCACAGCAUUGGUAGUGCCAGCUCCAUCGAUGGACUGUAUGACUGUGACAACCCACCCUUCUCCGCUCAGCCCAGGUCCAUUGCUAAGAAGCCACUGGACAUUGGUUUGCCACCUUCCAAGCACAGUCAGUUGGGUGACCUCUAUGGCAAGUUCUCCUUCAAGAAUGAUCGCUACAGCGGCGGAGGGGGCCAUGACGACUUGAUCCGCUCAGAUGUCUCCGACAUUUCCACCCAUACGGUGACCUAUGGCAACAUCGAAGGCAAUGCCGCCAAGCGGCGGAAACAGCAGUAUAAGGACAGCCUGAAGAAACGUCCAGCUUCAGCCAAAUCGCGGCGGGAGUUUGAUGAGAUCGAGCUGGCCUACCGCAGGCGCCCACCCCGCUCCCCAGACCACAAGCGCUAUUUUAGGGACAAGGAAGGGCUACGGGACUUCUACCUGGACCAGUUCCGGACCAAGGAGAACUCACCGCAUUGGGAGCAUGUGGACCUGACAGAUAUCUACAAAGAGCGGGGAGAUGAGUUCAAGCGCGAUGCUGUAGGGGGAGGAGGGUCCUGCACCAACAGGGCCCACCACAAGCAUGGGUCAGCGGACUUUGGAGGAGCCAAUGACCACAAGCAUGGUGUUGUAAGUGGAGUGCCAGCACCAUGGGAGAAGAACCUGACCAACCUAGACUGGGAAGACCGGCCAGGGGCUAAUUUCUGCCGCAGUUGCCCCUCUAAAUUGCACAACUAUACCCCGGCAGUGGUGGGGCAAAACUCCACUCGCCAGCCCUGUAUCCGGUGUGAGGCCUGCAAGAAGGCAGGCAACCUCUAUGACAUCAGCGAGGACAACUCUCUCCAAGAGCUGGACCAGCCAUCUGCCCCGGUGCCAGUGACGACCAGCGCCACCUCCUCCAAGUAUCCUCAGAGCCCAUCUAACUCUGCCUCCAAGGUGCAGAAGAAGAACCGCAACAAGCUCCGCCGGCAGCACUCCUAUGACACCUUCGUGGACCUGCAGAAGGAUGAGUCAGCCCUGGCUCCCCGCAGCGUGAGCCUGAAGGACAAGGGCCGCUUUUUGGAGGGGAGCCCCUAUGCCCACAUGUUUGACAUGUCAUCCAGCGAGACCGCUUUUGCCAACAACAAGUCCUCAGUGCCCGCCACCAGCCACCACCACCACAACAACCCCGGCAGCAGCAGCUACAUGCUCAGCAAGUCACUCUACCCUGACCGGGUCACGCAAAACCCUUUCAUCCCCACUUUUGGGGAUGACCAAUGCCUGCUCCAUGGCAGCAAAUCCUAUUUCUUCAGGCAGCCUGUGGUGGCAGGUGGGCCCAAAGCCAGGCCGGACUUCCGAGCCAUUGUCACCACCAACAAGCCAGUGGUCUCAGCCCUUCACGGGGCUGUGCCAGCCCGUUUCCAGAAGGACAUCUGUAUAGGGAACCAGUCCAACCCCUGUGUGCCUAACAACAAAACCCCCAGGGCUUUCAACGGCUCCAGCAACGGGCAUGUUUAUGAGAAACUCUCCAGUAUUGAGUCUGAUGUCUGAGUGAGGGGAAGCAUGUGGGGAGCAGCGGAGAAUGUGGAGUGUGGGAGGGCAGGAUGGGGUCAGACCUGGUGCCCAUUUGCUACUCUCUUGGUUCUUUGUGGAACACUGGAGUUCUGAGUUCUCUCUAGGGCAGCACUGGUGACAAGUGCCACCUCUUUCUUUCCCCACCCCCUUUAUCUCUUUCCAUUUUCCUACUCCCUCCUUCCUCCUCCAUUCCUGGUCAUCACACUUCCGUUGACGUAGGAAUUGGGUAUCCUCGCUUAGGGUGUCCCAGGUGGAGAAGAAGGUAUGUGUUUGGGCUGAGGCAGGGGAAGGUGUGUGGGCAGGAACCGUGACCGUAUUGUUUCGGGUUUUUUUUUAACUGCAAACAGCGAAGGGAUACGCAAGCGCAUGCGCGACAGGAGGAGAGAGCAGAAGAGGUGGAAUGGACACAAAGGAAAAUGCUCUAUCAGGCAAUUCUUCCUAAAACUGUUUAGAAAAAAAAAUAUUGAAUACAUGGAUAAAAUGAAGGAGACAUAACAUGGGAUUGACUUGAUGCACUUACAUACUGGUUAUAUUGAGGUUCUCUUUAAUUUUUUUUUCAUGAAGACUAUGGGGGUUUAGGGCUGAAAUAUGUAUUUGCAUAUACACUGAGAGAUUUACACUGAAAUUUGGAAUCAUGUUCUGGAGGCGGGAAGGGUGAUUUGUACGCAGGACUGGCUGGUGGUUCCGUUAUGGUAACGCAGCCAGCACAUCUGUGCCAGACUAGCAGGAGAGAUGGGGGAGGCUAUUAGGUCUGGGGUGGGGAAGCAACACAGAGGUCAGGAAGCCUGGGAGAUGACCUUGCGUUCACUAAAAUGAGAGAAGCUUGGGGGUGGGAGGUAAGGCUUGGCUUGUUCAUUAGCAAUUAACUCAUUGUUAAUUUUGGGCAUAAUUAAAUCAUUGGAGCAGUUUAUAAGGUGAGUUGGCUUGUAGGUGGGUAUACACGAUCAUUCUACACUUGAAAUGUCUGUGGGAAAAUGAAACAAUACCACAAACGGAAUGGGUGUACAGCUAACAAACCCAGCAGGACAAAGGUUGAGAAGCUGGGGAAAAGGCAGAGAGCGUGAGCGUAUGGGAGAGACAGAAGUAGAGAUCUGUCAUCCUGCCACUUCAGGAGAUAUCAGCCUUGUUUUGGCCAAUGUAAAAGUAGAGGGGCAGGUCAGGAAGGGACCUGAUCCCUCCUCCUUCCCCUCCCCCUGCCGGGCAGAGAGAAAUAUGUCACAAAAUGGCACAGGGCUCUCCCUCCUGAUGGUGGUACAGUGUUCUGAGUCUGGCUUUGAGGGAAAAGGAGGUGUGAGGAAAACGUGUGAGCGUGGCAGUAGCAGGGACUGCUUAAAUGCCUACGUGCAGCACGUAUGUGCGCACUUGCUGAAUACGGGCUUACAUUUGCUAUUGAAUGUGCUGUGGGAACACAUGGCUUGUCUUCCAGAGGGCAGGCGGGAAUGACAUAAAUAAAUGACAACACUCACGGCAGCUAUGAGGAGGUCUGAAGACCAUAGGUGGAAGGAUGGGGGAGAGAGAGAAAGAGUGUGUAUGUGUGUGCGCGUGAGAGAGAGAGAAAUACUAGCACAGGUGCUAAGCUGGAAUAGCCUAACGCUGUACUCAGCUUUCCCAGCACACGUGGUAUCGGUAAAAGUGGUUUUCUUUCCACUGUAUCAUUUUAGAUGCAAAUUAAACUAAACUAAAGGGAGUGAUGGUGGGAGUGAGAUGUCCACCUCCCCUUUAACAGGAGGAACUGAGGUGGAAGCCCGGGUCAGCACCUCCCACCCUGAAAUUUGUGGUACAGACCCUGACUUUUUAAAUGGAUCUGUCCCAUUGUCCUGCCAGCCUUCAUUCGCAUGAGGGAUGGUUAAAAAAAAUCCCACAUUUGACUGGGGUGGCGCAUAGAAUUGACCCUAAACAGAGGAAGGCAGCCAUUUUUUUCAAGCAACAAUUCCUGGAGCUGAGACUCCUCCCUCCCUCACACUCCUAAAUGCGCCCCGGGUGAUUUUAUCUUACUACCUUUCCUUUUUUAAGCCAACAGAAGACCUCAGUUUUUUUUAAAGCUGGGGAGGGGGGCUGAAAAGUCUCAUGGUGUGAGGAGAGGGUGGGCAGGGUGGGAGGUUUGUUUAGAUUUCACUGAGGAAAUUACAGGGGAAGGAGUUGAAGGGUCUUUGAAUUUUCACCCAUGGUAUCAGGGGAAGGGACCUGCUUAUUCCUUCCCUCUCCUCCCUUUAAAAGAAAAGCCAAAUGAACUAACCUAGCAAUCUGCAAUCCAGAACACGAGGCGACUGGUCAGAGCCCUCUGACAGUGGCCACCAAGAAGGCAUUCAUUUCAUUUGUAAAUAUUUUUUUUCUAUUGCAUUUUGUAUAAAUUGAUGUUUCUCUUCUUGUGAAAAUUCAGGUUGUGGGGCAACCAGGGUGGGAGGGAGGGUGGGGUGAGGUUGGUUUGUUUUGUUUGUUUUCUAUGACUUUCAGGCUGUGUAUGUGGAAGCGGUUUACGCAGGUCGAGGCCGUGCAAAUCGGAGAGCAAGAGAAAAUCAGGUGCACUGUGUUCCCUCCCCCCCCCCCCCCAGUACCAUUUAGCUGGGGAUUGGUCCUGCUCUGAGCAGGGGGGUUGGACUAGAUGACCUCCUGAGGCCCCGUCCAACCCGGAGAAUCUAUGAUUCUAUGAUUCCCCCCUUUUGCUUUUAUCUUCAUGAAUUGAAGAUGCUGGCAUGUCACCUCGAUCCUUGCCAGCAGAGUUUUCAUGCCAUGGUGGAAGUACCCCAUCUUCCCCAUUUGAUUAUAAACUCUGUUCCGCAUCUGUCUGUGGAAUUUGGGCCUCAAGAUAUUGCGCUGUUUUGCCAGUGAUGGGGUGAGCCAUUGAUUUGGGUGUUCAGUUUGGGUCAUCACCCGAUGCUAUAGAGACUUCUCCAAUACUGCUUUGGCUUAGAAAUCUUGGCGCUGGGAAAGCUUGCAAGAUUUCUGGCACUUCCCAAGGGUUUUUUGACAGCUGGCAAGAACAGCAUGCCUCUGAUUGUUAUUUCAGUACUUUCCCCUCACCUUGUUUGCAGCUGGAACCAGGAAGCUCAAAGGUGGUGCUGGGAGGGAAUUAAACUGAAAACAAACCAAAAAGAAGUCAACAGGACUAUUUCAAACCUCUCUAAAGGAUUCAGAUUUUGUGUUUUGGGCAAUGUUUUGGUAUGGUUCUCAUUUUCUCAGAACUAGUUUGCUCCGUCCCUAGUUCCAGUGAUUGGCAGAUGAUGGUUUGCCAUGAUAAUUAGAUUUAGCAUUUACACUGUAUAGCGCUUCUUAUGUUCAAAGCACUUUGCAAACAUUAACCGUGCCAUGAGCCACAUGAAUACCUCCUCUGAGGACAACUGGAAAUGUAGGACUGGCAGCACCAGGUUGGACUAUUGGUCAACCUACAGAAGUCUGGUAUCUUGCCUUCUGCCAUAUCAGGUCAGACCAUUAGUCCAUCUAGUUAACCCUUUCUCCUGCAAAUGGCCUUUUCUGGUUGCUUAUUUUUACUUGAGUUUCAUGGGUGAGAGUGUUUGGGGCACGAGGUGGGUUGAGGGUUGUUUGGGGGAGAUCAUAAUCCAGCAAAGAAAGUGAUGUGAUUAACACUGUUGUGAGUUUAGGAUUUUAGAUUCAGUGUUAUUUCAUUGUAAUUAAUCAAGUCAUGCACACAGGUAAUGUUAGCAUCAGGUGCUCUUUCGGCUAGAACAGAGCCCAUGUGAUGCUUAUUACCUUCCAAAAAAGCAGGGGUUUUCAUACCAAAGCCCAACAAAUGUUUUCCAUUCCCCUUUCCGCCAUCUCCCUCUCUCUUUUUCUUCCCCUUAGUAAAAGACAAUAUUUUCUGGGACGUUUUAUGGGAUCAUUUCACACCUCAGAGGCUCUGGCUACUAAAAUAGUGAGGUUCGGGUUGAAGGGCAGAAGUCAUUGUAUCAUGGAUGUUACAAUGAGCUGUACUGUAUGUUUUCAGUCUACCUGGAAGAAUCUGGCACCUCCGGCCAUGUAUUUGCCACAUUCCUCUUCAUUUGAACCCCAGGCAUGGUUCCCUUUGAGAUGUUCUAAUGUUCUCAUCAUCCCUCUUCUUCUGGAGCAGUGCCAGCAUGUAUGUAUGGCACUGAAGGAGAAUGGGAGGGGAGCAAAUGUCCCUAAAAUAUCAGGACUAUCCCAUACAAAUUUCAGGGUAUCUGGCAGUCAGACUUUCCAAGCUGUGAAGCUUUGCAUGAUGCCCUGUUGGAGUAGUCACACUGGUUUUCUAAAAUAAUAUAACAUAAUAUAUGCUGAUAUAACAAUAGUCCAUCACAUUCUACAUCCUGGCAUAACACAACACACCAUGAUCCUGAUAUCAGAACAUAACACAUCAAUUCAAAAAUAUAAAGACAAGCUUCAAUCAGCACUCACUGUCAGUCAAGACAAUGUGGUACAUCCUACCCACCUCAAACAAGUGUAUCACCAUCUCUGACACAAACAUAUCCCCCAUAUUUUUGGCACUGGACUCCCCAAGUGGCUUCAGAUUGCUCAGCAAUUCUCUACUGUAAACUCCGUUAGGGAGUUAUUUUGAUUCUCCCUAUAUGUAGUGAGGAAGAUUCUUCCAUGAUGUCCUAAAAGAUUAUAGGGUUUGAUGGUGAAGUUAUAGUUGCCAGGAUGGGUCAUUUUGCUUCAGAGCUGUCCAGCAUGCACACAAAAGUUGACCUCCUAAUAUCAAGGAGAUGCCCACACCCAUUCUGAAUAGAGUCCCUGUUAUCCUAGGGUUGUUCCUCGUAGUGAUGGUACUAGCAAGAGAGAGUAAGGAUGUGAUACUGGUGACAGGUUGACAUGGUACCUCAGGGAUCUUGCAGGCAAGUCUUUGCUAUAGAGCUUUCUAUAAAAUGUGGCAUGCUUUCCAACCUCCAUUGUUUAUUAAUAGAUGUAAGCAAGCCUGAGAACAUGGCCAAUGAUCAGACUGAGGCCUGUCACACACCCUUCACUCCAGUCAAGCAACCAUGGGGCGGGAUUUACAUUUCCCCACUUAUAUUUGGUUGCCAGAAGAGGGGAAAGCGUGGGGACAGUGCUGACGAGGGAACGUUGUGCUGACCAUCCACACUGUUGGCCUAAGGAUGUACACAUGAACUUUCCUGCUCUACCCAAGCUAGAGGCAUGGAAAAGCCUAGGACCCGAUUAGAUGAUUUUUGGCACAUGCAUGACUCAUAUUGAAGUCCCUGGGAGUUUUGUGCAUUAAACUUAUGGCAUGGUCAGGCUCCUGGCUUGCUGACAGCAAAUGGGGAAGGACUCAAAGCCAUGCCCUCCCCCCCACCAUCUGCCAUAAAUGGUUCCCUGCUGCUGAUCAAACCUGGUAUGUCCAAGUGGACCACACCUACCAUGCUGCUGGAUGCUGCAGGGCACAUCAAGAAAGUAACUAGAGGGACCCAAGCUGUGUCCCCACAAGGGCUUAUUUCCACUUUGCAACCAAAUAGACUUCCAAGCCAUAUAGCCCCACCUCACCCAUUCACUCACACACAAGAAACCCUCCCCCAAGGAAAGGUUGGGAUUAUGACUGGCUCAGCAGCAACCCCAAAAUUAUUGUGUCAUCUUCAUCACAGGCUGUCUGGAACUCAUCAGGACUAGUCACAGACGAACAGGGGCAUCUCUCAGAAAAACAAGAUCACUUUUUAAUGGGCUUUGAGUCCCCUCUCCAUCUCUCCAGCAUCCUCAACUUCCUCUCUUAACCACAAUGUUUGGGUGAAUUCUCACACUUUUUGGUGGUUACAGACAGCAAUGUGGACACGGAAAAAAAUUGGGUUUAUUAGUAAUGCCCAAUAAAUAGAAAAGUGAAACCAUCACUGUGUAUCAUGGGAAACAGACCUCAUGACCUAAAACUCCAAGAGCACAGUUCUCUACCCACUGUGGUAAAGAAGAAUCUGCGUUAGCCAUUAGUAGUUAUGGGGCUUUUAAUCUGUAUUUUCAGGUUUCCCACCAUUCAAAGUUGAAACAGCUAAUGCUGAUUAACACUUGAGCAAGUCUGACAUUCCAUCCCAUAGGGACAGGGACACACACACACGCGCGCGAAAUAAUAUGCAUGUGAGCAGAUCUGACAUUAGCAGGAGGCAGUGGUGCGUGUGCACACACAAGAGCCAGUACACUGCAGUAUGCUUUGUGACUCUUUCUGUCCCAAGAUGCAUCUUCUCAAAGUAGGAACAAUGUGACCUUUCCUAAUGUUCUACUGGUAGUUAUUUACUUAAUGUAUUCAUUUUGUGACUUUUAUAUCAUCUGCUUCCUUGACUGCAGUAUUGUGUAUAAAUAUAUAUAUAUGUAUAUAUAUACAGAAGCUAAUUCAAGCAACUACAUUCAGGUUGGGGAAGAGGGCGAUUUUUAUAUAUGUACAGUAUUUCCUUGUUAAACAAUGGCAUGAUGGGCUGGGGGCGGGGUGAGGAAGCUGACUUCUAAAUUGUGGUUUUUCUUGGUAUGUGGUGUUUGAAGUUGUUUCAGUGGCUGCUUUUGCUGGUUCGGAAAGUUUAUCUGGAUGUUAUAUGUGUGUGUUAAGAAAGGGACCCAAGGUAGGGGAGAUUUGGGGUUGGGGGAGGGGUAGGAGAGGGUUUUAAUAAUUUCCUGUAUUAGAAGAUUUGUUGAUUGUUAGGGACUGUUUGUCUGAGGCACAGGGCUGUUUCCUCCUCUAGGUGACUUGCUGCUUUUAUCUGGUUGCUUUCUCUUCUCUGGUCCCUGUUGUUGUCGUCCCUCUGGAGUAUUAGUAGAAUCCAUUGUUGUUAUGACCUUGCCUCUGCUGGAAUCUUUCUCUGGGCCUUCAUUUCCACCUUACUCACUUUCUCCACAGUCCUCUCUUUGUAUUGUCCUCCCAAAUCCCUAGAGGACCAGGGACUGCAUCGUUCUGUGUCCUCUGCUAUCUUUGUGCAGUUCCUAGCUACUUUACAUUAUUCCCUUUAGUAUCUCUCUAUCAACCUCCGAAUCCACCUCCUACCCAGGUGUUCAAACCUUUCCAGUGCUUCACUGCCUCAUCUUUCUGCCCUCAUGUCCACCUAUUUCCCAAUACUCAUCCCACUCCUCCAAUCCUAUCUCUGUGUUUCUUCCCUCACAACCACUCACCCUCACUGUUUGCUCCCUGUGCUCCUCUGGUUACCAUCUUACUGCUCUGUUGUCUUCAUGUGAUCCUAUAGUUGGAGAGAGGCGGUGCUUGAGCAGGCCACUCUAUCUCUUGUAUUGCUGCCCUGUCUCCCUGAAAAUCUCUAGCCCUCGCCAAGUCACUUCUUUUUUAGAAGAUGAUAUUUAGCAGCUAUAUCAGCCUUUCACUUUCACCAAUCUUGUGUUCUGCCCUUGAACACCCAUGAAGGAAAACAUGAGCAGUCUGGUAAAUUUGCCAGUGCAAGAAACCUGAUGAAACAAUUUUUUUCCUUGGAAAGUCGUGAGUGGUAGUCUGUAAAAUUCCCUUCUUUGACAGCUGAUUGUUAAGUGCACAGGAGGGUGGAGAUGUACCAAUAAUCCAUUUCAGGUUGACCCACUUCAAACGUGAGUCUCUCUACCACACCUUUUUACUUGAUGUGAACCGAGCAGGGACUUUUGAGAGGUGGUGCUGUGUUUGAACAGCAUUUACUACCCUGCGUAGUUUGCGGGACCCAUUGAUUUGUUCACUGAUCGCAUGAUUAUCUGCCACGCUGUGCAGAUGGGAAAGAAUGGCACUGAGGACUGGCUCCCCCUUGGCCUGGCAAGUCAGUAUGAGAAGGAGUGGCUGGAGGGAUGACUUUGGUUGACUGUGCUGGGGUUUCCGUGAGUGAAUAGAGUGACUGAGUGUGGUUGCAGUCCGUGAGAGUGUGUCAAUCUGUAAAUGGGAAUGUGUGUCAGUGUGUGGGUGGACAUAUGUCCAAGUGUGUGUUUGUGUGAGCUGGUAUGCCAAUGCAGUGUGUGGUGAAGCUGUGUCAGCGUCGUAUCCGAGCAUGGGCUGCAGGUGAGCAUGGAGUAAGUGCGUGUGAACAUUGGGCAGUAUGUGUGCAAGUAUAUUGGUGAGAUUUCACUUUCUAGUCACCCUGGAUAUAGCUUUAGGUGCAGUGCCAGUCAGUCCACCCCUGUUGCUCAUUCUGCUUACUCGGUGUGCCCCAAUUGUGACUUACCCAGCUGACGUUCUAGUGAGAAGGCACUUGUCAAAUGAGACAUCUGUGUGGGCCCAGAGGGGCUAGCAGAUGAGUCCCAUGUCACCUUUGUGAGACUUAGACGUGCUUCAGAAUAAAUGAGAUUAGUGAGGUAGGUAAUGGAAGUUCUGCAGUUGAACUUUCUUCCUCUGAAUGCUGGGCAGCCUCUUGGCUUCUGUGGACUUCUCCCCUUUCUGAGCCUUUUGCUGGGAUUCAGCUCCCAUGAGCUGUCAUUUCCUCUGAGCACUGUCAGCUUCUAGGGGCUCCUGCUGCCUCAGAGUACCAUGUGUAUGUUGCAUGCCUGUUGUUACGUGUGUGUGUGUGUGUGUGUGUGUGUGUGUAUAUAUAUAUAUAUUGUGUGUGUGUACAGUCUGUGUAUGCAGAUGAUGUGUGUGUGUGUGUGUGUGCGCGUGUGCUUGAGCAGAGGGAGUCCAGUUGGAAGCUGUGCUAGAGCAAAGCCAUUUGAUAAGUAUCUGCAGGCUGGUAGCCUUUCCGCUUUUUCUUUUAGCGCUGAUGUGUGUCCUGGUAAAUUCACCCAUGUCUGGCAGCCAUGGUGCUGCUCUUGCUGUCCUGCUAUGCCCCAGGUCUGACUUCCUUGGCGAGGACCCUGGAGGACCUGCUCUGCAUCACAGAUCAGGUUAGAAAGCAGAUUUCUCUUUGUGGUGGUUGGAAUAUAGCAACAGAAACCCAUUCCACAUGCUAAUUCAGUUUUGUGCUGAAGCCACUGUGCCAUGUUUCCACACCAGCGUGCCACAUGCAUUGCAUCCUUAGGCCUUAACUGGCAGAUGGAGAAGGAAGACAUCCCCUCGCAGCAUAGUAGAGUGUUUCAGGAGAUGCCUGGUAAAGCGGAAGGGGGAUGCACUUGUCCCAUGACUGCAGCAGGAUGCAACCUUGCUUUCUUGCUGCCUCAGUGCACUUUCAGCAUGGAAGCACUAAACCUGUUUUCAUUCUUGGAUGAAUAUGGAGGGGAGAGCUAAGCUGCGAUAGAUUUGAUCUCAGGUCUUCUGUCUCCCUGUCUUCGUUUUGCAAGUGUAAAUGUUCAUUGAAGGGCCUGGAAAAGCAGUGCACCUGGUGACUUGAGUUGGGAAUUGAGUUCACCUUCCCCAAGCUCUGCAGCAUUGUGGGGGAGAAGAGGAGGCAGCAAGCUCUAUGGGGAGGCAGCAGGUGACCUUUCUGCAUCUUCUCCUUCCCAUCCCAAGGAGAUAUCAAUAAACUGGUGGCAUCCCAGCAGAGGGACCAUCCCCUCUGGUACCAGCCAGUUCUGCACUUCAACUGGCUAUGUUGAAUAACACAAAGAUCUCUUCUGCCAAUAGUUGGGAAAGAACCCCAGGACCUGAUAAGCAGCCACAGCGAUCAGACAGCUGAGGAAGGAACAACACCCUCUGGCUGUUGCCUCUUGUCAUUUAUGCCACCUGCUUCCAUUAAACUGACCCAUUGUGUUCCAGUCUCUUGGCCACUUCGAUAUAUUUUUAUCUAUUUAUGAGGCAAUGGAGAGUAUAUGUAUAGCCCUUAGAUGACUCCUUAUUUCAAAGGAUACCCAUCCCCAUCCUCUGCUUUCUUCUGCAUGCAUUCACUGGUUCCUCUCCAGCAGUAUCCUGUGCACUGCCAGGCUUUGCUUUCAAGGAGGAGAAAAGGUUUGUGUGGGUUUUUUUUAAAUGCUUGAAAGGCUGGGUACCUGAAACCAGCCAGAAUCCUCACGAGAUGCUGUAGGAACGGACCUCGCCACUGAACACAUGUGGCAGUAAGAGGGGUUCAGAGGGCAAGUGGCUGGCUUUAGGGUUCUCUUGCCACUGGUGGCUAUUCCUAUCCGUGGAGCGGGCGCUCUCUUUUCACGCCUGCUCAGAAUGCAGCAAGCCGCUCUUUUUAUCUCUCCGUUUCCAACAUUUGUUAGGGGGGGAGGGGGAAAUCUGUAAAGUCAUUUUGGUGGGAGAAAGGGAGCCUUUCUUCAGCAAUACGACGUUCUGAGACCUCAGUUCUGUGUAUGCACUCAGCUGUCUUUGGGCUUUUUCCUUUGCAAAUGCUUUUGAUGCCAGGGCAAUCUUGAGACAUCUCUUUGCCAGUGAGCGAAGCACCAUCUAUAAUUUGGAGAUUGGGGCUGCUGCAGAGAAAAGGCCUCUCUGACAGUAACUUCUAACUAACUUCUCCGUGGAUUCUCAGAAGGGGAAAUGUUUAAUUGUUACACAAGUAUCACCACAGAAUUCUAUAGCAGAGGCCCCCAGCGCUGUCAUGACCCCGGGGUGGGUUGCAGUGUUGUGUAGUAAGAGCCCUCUCUCCCCACUGUAUAUUUUCACUAGUUUCCUUGCUAUCUCAGUCCCCACCCACAGGGCGUAACUCAUUCUUGGCAAUGGAAGUGCGGACUAUGAUUUAGAUACAGCUCACCCAGCCAGUGUACACUUUUAGACCAGACCUCUCCGUGGAAUCCCUGAAUAGUAAGGAUCUAGACCAGACCAGGCUCCAGCUGUCAUGAUUACAUAGGGUACCAUUACUGCUGUUCUCUCUGACGUGGAGCGAUGGACAUUCCCGGGGCUCUUUCAGGAGGAGUCUUUGUGAUGUUUUCCUGGGCAAUAUGCAAUAAAUGGUGUGUUAGAGCUGAGUUGGUGGUGAUCAGUAGGGGAGGGGAGGCCGGCACGUGCGUGGGAUUCUGUAGCUCAGAUACAAGUAUGUUGCAAUCUCUGUUGAAAUACAAUGGAACAAUACAAUAGAGGUUCUACUCACAGAUCGGCCCUCCGUCGCCACUGAUCUCACUGUAGGGAUGCUCCAAGGGUGACUUCUCCUUGGUGAUGAGGGAAGGGUAGCAGGGAAAAGAGAGGUGGAGGUUUCUCUCUUGGGCUGGCAGCAAUAAUUCCUUUAGAUCAUGCUCUUGGGUGGGAACAACACUAACUAAACUGUGGAGGGCAUAUUAGAAAACAUGAGGGGAGAUUGAGCAAGGUGGAGUGAGCCAGAGUGCCUGGUUGGAACAGCCUAAACUAUCUUUUCAGUAAUUCUUCCUCUCCCUUCUUGCACAAUCCCCCUUGCCCUCUCCCCCCACUUAUAGAAACAAAAGGGACUGGACCUGGGUUCUGAGGAAUAAGAUCCAGAGAUGGGAACUAAUAACUCCCAUGCCCACUUCCGUCUUUCUCCUGCAGCUCUGUGCUGUUCACGGGUGGCUAGGGCUGGCCUUUGACUCAGACAGUCCCCUCCUGGGCCAACCAGAAUCUAGCAAUGCCCACUGGGGAGAAAUAUGGGGCCUGACAAACACACUCUCUAUAUGCACCAUAGUGACAUGUGAGAUAAAUCGCAGCAUGUGAAUGUGAGCAUCCGGGGCACAGGAGCAGCGGGGUGUUCUUGGCUUGGGAUAUCCUGCCCUCAUUGGUUUGCGGGAACUCGAGUGUGUUGACUUUCAGGAGAUGGUGUAAGGCUCCUUUAUGCUUUCCAGGCUUUUGGCUGAAGGAGAGUAGUAAAGGGGAAAAUUCUAGUUUUUUCUGGGGUUAGGGGAGGGAGAUUAUUUAGAGCUGACACUGGUCAGCAUCUUAUGUAUUUUGCUUUUAAAUAAUGUACAUUUGCCCAGAGAAUGUUUGAUGAACUCAGUCUAUAGAUCAAAAGAGAAAUAAAUAUUCACCUACAACAGUGGUUUUCAACCAGGGGUCUGCAGCCCAUGUCUAAAUUUCCAAAGGGGCCCGCACCUCCAUUUGAAAUUUUUUAGGGGUCCGCAAAUGAAAAAAAGGGUGAAAACCACUGUCCUGCAGUGUAAUUCCCCCUACUGUCCCACUGUCCCUCCUUCACUUCUCCUGAGCUGAUGGUUUCUCUGGGUGGGCUCUGACACCUACCAGGCCUUCGUUCAGAGCAAACAUUUCCCUCCUCCUUGCGUGAACUUCUGGACCUAAAUAUCUCCUCCUCGUCCCGUUUUUUCACAACACAUGCUCAACCCCCGGCCCCUCCACUCAUGAGAACCAGAGCCACAGAGGCAGGAGUGCCAAAUGACUAUUUAUUUCUCAAAAGAAAAUGAAAAAAAAAGUUUUUUUAAAAUAUGCAAUUGUGCAAAGGGAACCGACAGCAAGAUGAUGGUGGCAGAGAGGAAACGGGAUGUUUUGUAACCCUAGCUGCAGUAAAAAAAAACAAAAAAAAACAACACAUUAAAAAUAUUGAAAAAAAGAAAAAAGAAAAAAAAAUCUUGACCUAUUUUGGAAAUAUUGUGAAUAAUUUUUUUGAUAUAAAAACUAAUUUUUAUGUAGCAUGAAAACCACCAAAAUAAAAUGAUCAAGAAUAAAA